AUGAACAAGACAAACGUCUUAAGGUCCAAUUGUACGUUCCCGCUGGUGACAUCCCUCGGCGUCUGCAGCUCCUGCGAAAACGUCACAGCGCAGACACAGGUCACCUGCAACGACACUGUCUUGACAGCCGAGUCGCAAAACGGCCCCUACAGUUCUUGUAACUACACUCUUCCCGGCGGAGCCGACAUCUGGGCAUACGCGUACUAUACUUCGGUGUACGGCGUGACCACUCCCGAUCUCAAUAUCAGCCUGGGCAGUACAACCAGUGGGGGCAAUGCCGGGCUAGACGGAACGCCCGGGAUCAGUUCUAUCAGCAUUGUCCGGUUCGAUAAUGACGAUGAAAACACCGACUCGGAGGACCCGGACAGGCCGACAAAAUGGGCGGAGACGAUGACUGCUUACGAAUGCAAAUUCGAACUGUGCGCAUGGUCCUUUGAAGAUUGGGGCAUGACCAACGGGAUCCUCGUCAACGGCACCACAGCGCAAUCUCCCGUCGUCAGUGAUGGAAGAGUGCUCACAUCUGAUGACUUUGACGCCCAAGGCGCGAAGACUUCUCGUGUCUACACGGCCACAGAUCCCGAUUUCCACGGAAACGGUACAUUCGAGAUCAACCCGUUGGACCAGCAGGCCAUGGAGCUUACCCUCUCCACGAUUUGGUACACAGGAGAAGCCUCCAACGGAAUCCCGUACUUCUGGAACAGCGCAUACUUGGCUGGCCCAAAUAUUUCCCAGACUCUCCAAAACAUGGCUACGGGAAUAACGUACAACAUGAUGAGCGGACCAAGCGCAACGCUGGCCCGUGGGUCGCUGCUUGAGACCCAAACGUUCGUAAGAACCUGCGCAGCACACCAGCGCGCGUGGAAGUCGUCGUUGGUGCCAUUACUGUACGCAGACUCGACAAUGGUACCAGGCGAGAAUGGGGUGAGGACUUGGGGCGAGGAAGACAAAGUCCAGCGCAAGGCGAUUAUCAGUGCUGGCCUUCUGGCCGCUUCAGCGGCCGGAACACCUACAUCUGUGUUUGUGUCAUAA